CUUCUCGUCACAUGUUCCACUGUGAUAACGAACCUGAAACCAAACACAGCUCGUCCAGUAUAAAAGUCACUGAGUAGCUGCAGCUGUGGAGACAAUCAGAGAAACAUCAUGAGGACUCUGGUGGUUCUGCUCCUCGUGGCUGUGGCCAACGCUCGAGUCUACGAACGCUGUGAAUGGGCCCGACUGCUGAGAAAUCAGGGGAUGGAUGGUUACCGUGGCAUCAGUCUGGCUAACUGGGUUUGUCUGAGUGAGUGGGAGUCACACUACAACACCAGAGCCACCAACCACAACACUGAUGGAUCCACUGACUACGGCAUCUUCCAGAUCAACAGUCGCUGGUGGUGUAACGACAGCCAGACGCCCACUUCUAACGCCUGUAACAUCAGAUGCAGUGAGCUUCUGACUGAUGAUGUCAUUGUGGCGAUCAAAUGUGCCAAAAGAGUGGUCCAGGAUCCAAACGGGAUCGGAGCCUGGGUGGCGUGGCGUCAGCACUGUCAGGGCCAGGACCUGUCGUCCUAUCUGGCAGGAUGUGGUCUGUAAAAGCAACAUCUGAAACAUCUCCAGUGAUUCUGAAGCUCCAGACAGUUUCUUCUUCAAUCAAGUGAAUUAUAAUCUUUUAAAAGUCUUAACUUCAUUCAACUGAACUGAGUUCAACCUGUUCCUGCUUAUUAAAAUCUGAAUAAAUAGCUGAUUCCUCUGUCAACGUC